AUGGUUCAGGUCUACACACUCCUCUUCAUCAUGCAGACAAGGUCAAGAUCGGUAUGGAGGGCUUCAGCCACUCUACUCAGUGUACUGGCGAUGCUACCAUCGCCGAUUAUGGCCGAUAUCAAACGGGCAGAGCCAAAGGCUUUGGGAGAGGUCCUCGCAGGCAAUGAAGAGCUCUCGACAUACUACAGUUUGAUCAAGAAAAACCCGGACAUUCUUUUGCAGCUCCCUCACUCGGGCGGCGUGACUCUUAUCGCCCCGUCGAACGAAGCCUUCAACAAGACCCAAUCCUUAAACCUGGAAGACUCCAACCUUAUCACCUCCCUCCUCCAAUACCAUAUUCUCCCCCUCUCAGUCAACGUCUCCUCUCUCGAACCCGGACCUUCCUACCUCUUCCCCACCCUCCUCACCUCCUCCAACUACACAAACGUCACCGCAGGCCAAAACAUCCUCCUCUCCCGCCAGCACGACGACACAACCGUCGUCACCUCUGGCCUCGGCACCCGCUCCACUUUCUUCGAGUCCCCCGAUCAAGACAUCCCCUUCACAGGCGGCUUCAUCCAGAUAGUCGACACCCUUCUCGUCCCCCCCUCCCGGCUAGAAAUCACCGCCCGAGAUGCCUACAAAGACCUCACCUCCUUUUUGGGGGCUCUCUACAAGUCCGGCCUAUCGCCCGCCCUCUCGUCCCAAAAAGACAUCACCAUCCUCGCCCCCCGCAACGCCGCCUUCCAGUCCAUCGCCUCCGCCCUCGACCCCCUGUCCAGGGAGGACCUCGCCACCGUCCUCAAGUACCACAUCAUCCCCGACAAAGUCCUCUCCUCCUCUGACCUGUCUGCCCUCGGCAACUCGACCGGUUCGUCCCUGGCAACGCUCCUCGGCGCCGACAGCAGGGCACACAAAGUCACCGUCUCCAGAGCAGGCAACAACAUCUUCUUCAACUCGGCGCAGCUCCUCCAGUCGGAUAUCUUGCUUGCCAACGGGGUCAUCCACAUCAUCGACAAUGUCCUGAAUCCGGAUGAGUUCGCCGAGGUGCCCGACCUGGAAGCCAAAUCCCAAACCCCCGUGUUCCAGGUCAGCAAGGGCGCCGAGACGCGCACGGGGACGAGGGUGCCGGCGCCGUUUACCACCUGGCUGCCCUGCACCACUGACUGUCCUGAACCGACUGUGGACGCAAACACACAAAGGACGGCGACGACAACUGGAAGAAACGGAGUGAACAGCCAGACUAGCAGUGGAAUGGGUGCCCAAGUGACGGCUGUAGCAGGCAUCUUGGGCGCCGUGGGCGUGGGCGUGAUUGGAAUGGGGGUAAUGUGAUUCUGCACCUCAAAUACUUUGUUCAGUGUCAUAUAAAUAAAUAGUCACAAGUCGGAAAUAAUUUACCAUCAUCAACACCUC